CUUCUCGCCAACUUCACACUUGUUGACGCUUGUCAAGUGAGAAAUGGGGCUUGUGUCCUUCGGCAGCAAUGGAGCGUAGGAAUUUUGUUUUCCAGCAGCUCAAGCCUCACUGCGUAGGGCUGAGCCAGGCCGCCCUGCGUAUAGCAGGUAACAAUGGCAACCCAAGAGAUGUUGUUACCGCUUUGGCAGCACUUCUUGAUGCAUUAAAAGAGGCAAAGCAGUACCCGGGCGCUCUCAACGACAAGCUGGCUGAAUAUGUCUUUUUCCCUCUGUCGCACGUGUUGCGCGAGAAGCAGAAGCUUCCAGUUGUUGCUAUAGAGCUCACGCUGCAAUGCCUGACUAUUAUACUCCAGACUGGAUGGCGCUCAAACAUCGAACCAGCCCUGAGCGGCCAGUUGUUAAUUCUGCUUACUGUAUUUGCCGGCGGCACUCCGGGGAACAAACCAUCGCCUCAAUCAUCUGAAGAACUGCAAUGCGUGGCAUUUCAGUGUUUGUCUGAGCUGUUUGUGACAUACGAACAGUCCGAGAAGAGCAGGAAGAGCCUCACGGAUGCAAGCAAUAUUCCUCCGCUCGGUCAUGCGAUAACAGUCAUCUUGGAAGGCGUGGCAGAGGGGCCCUCAAAUGACAUCCAGCUGGCAGCUGUCCAAGCCCUGCGUAGCUGCUGUCUGGCGGUCAAGGAUCGUGAUGCCUUAGCAAGCUUCCUUCCUGGUAUGGUUUCAGCCCUCGCCAAGGUGUUGACUCCAGCGACAAAGCAGCGUCGUUCCUAUGAGAUCCUUCGCAUUUCACUCGAAGUGCUCUCUCAGCUCUUCAGGGCAGUCAUUAGUGAUAGAGCAACUAAAGAUUUACCAGCUAGUGCUGAACCUACGGCCACACAAACAGCAAAUGACAGCCAGGGCGCGCUUCGUCUUACUCAGUCAUGGUUGAAAGCCACCACUGCUCAAAUCAAACUCGCUCUGGCAAACAUCAUUCGCAUUCGCCAACAUGAGCGCAAGCACGUCAGACAGGCACUGCUCGACCUCUGCUUGAUAGUGCUCGAAGAAUGCCGUGAAUCACUAAAGGAUUCGGCAGCGAUGAUGGUCGAGACGAUGGCAGUUCUGUGCGGAUCAGAUGAUGACGGCGCAAUGCAGAACAUUGUUCGCCAUGUAAUAACUGCUGAUCCGAGGUUGGCGGAGCUACUCCGAUCAAGCAUUCACAGCUGGGUUGUGUCUCUGCCUCGAGUACUGCAAAGCCCUGAUGACGCUGUAAAACGGAGACUGGUCGUUCAGAUUUCAAUAGGAUAUGAAUUACUAGCCGAUCAGGGCACCGAUCUUGAUAUCGUCGACCGCGCAAUGGCAACGAACCUUCGGGAUGGAAUCUCUACCUGUUUCUCAGACCAACCCAAGAUUGGAGAAAUCACCCAAACAAAAGAAUUGUCCAACUCGCUCGAGCUUACGGCUCCUCUACAUGAUGGACCUUCGAAAGAGUUUCAACCAAUUAUGUACGAGAACAAAAACCAACAAGAGAUUGUUGGCGACCUUCAAAACCUGGUCAAGCAUGUCAGUAGCUCUAAAUCUUCUCUCACGGCCGCAAGAGAGCUCGUGGAUUCCCUUCAAUCAAGCAAGGGAACAUCACAGUUGGCAAACUUCUGGGUUUCCCUCCAGCUGAUCAAGUUCUCCGCCGAGAAGAACUCGGUCAUCGACGCCUUUCUGGACUUUGGUGAUGCGUCUAUGGGACCAAAUGAAGAAAUCCUCGAGGAAAUGUAUUCUUUCUCGCUGGAUGUUUUGCAAGAAUCAUCUCUCGAGCCCCAAGCAGACUGGAGACUGCAAGCACUCGCGGUCGAGACCAUUGCAUUUCAGGCCGAAACGUUGAAAUCGGAUUUUCGGCUUGAGUUAGUGGAGUCAUUGUAUCCGAUUGUCCACCUCGUCGGUUCGCCAAUCCCGCAGCUACGAAACCAUGCAAUCACCUGCCUGAACAUAAUGGCAGCCGCUUGCGACUACAAGGACGUUGGUAGCUUGAUUGUUGAAAACGUUGACUAUCUGGUCAAUGCCGUCGCUCUGAAGCUAAAUACGUUCGACAUCUCGCCUCAAGCACCUCAAGUGCUUCUUAUGAUGAUCAAGCUAUCAGGCCCGACUCUGCUACCAUACUUGGACGACCUAGUCAGCAGUGUGUUUGCAGCCUUGGAAUCGUUUCACGGAUACCCCAAGCUGGUCGAAAUGCUAUUCUCUGUCCUGAAAGGAAUCGCAGAAGAGGGCACCAAGACGCCGCAGCUUGCCAUAACAGAGGGAGAAGAGAGCAUAACGCACUACAAGCCAGCCAGCAAACCCACUUCCAUCCAAGACGUCGUGAGCAUACUCAAAGCCAUCCAAAGCCGCGAGAGGCGAAAAGACGACGAAGACGACACCGACUCGGCCACGCCGUUCCCGCGGCGGGCCUGGAAAGAAAAGAUCGAACAAGAAGGGCUCCCAACAGGCGACUCAAACGACGAAAACGAAAACCAAGAAGAGACGCAAGAAAACGGGCUCAACGCCAUCACCGACGACGCCCCCCCACCCGCCCCCAAGACCUACGCGCUCCUCCUCAAAAUCUCCUCUCUAACGCAACACUACCUCUCCGCGCCCUCGCCCACUCUACGCACCUCCCUGCUCGGCCUCCUCAGCACGACGCUCCCCGCCCUAGCGCGGCACGAGUCCUCGCUCCUCCCCCUCAUCAACGCCCUCUGGCCCUCCGUGCUGCCCCGCCUGCACGACACAGAGCCCUACGUCGUGGCCGGCGCCUGCGACGCCGUGGCCGCCAUGUGCGUGUACGCAGGGGAGUUCAUGCGCAGCCGCAUCGAGGACGUAUGGGCGGUAGUGCUGCGGCUGUACCGGAGCGGGGGCAUCGGCGGCAGUAGUAGUAGCAUUAGCAGUGGCCGAAACACCACCACCACCCCCAUCGCGUCCCUAACAGCCAGCAUGGCAAGCACAUCCUUGACCCCGACCCCAACAACAACAACACAAACACCAGCACACUACACGCCAGCGCCCACGCGCCUCAUCCGCGCCGCGGCGCUCAACCUCGUCACCACGGCGCUGAACACACUGACGCUGGACGACGCGGCCGUGGCCGAGGCGCUCGACCUGCUUCUCCCUGUUGUGGUGGCGCGCGCGGAUGUGCGCGCCGCGUUUGAGCGCUGGAAUGCUGAUGCCGUGUGGUUGGCUGUGCUGGGGUGGGAGGUGCGUGGUGGGUGGGAGCAGGGACGUGGUAAAGGAAGUGGCAAGGUGGUGGUGGAGGAGGAGAGUGAUGAAGGUGUGGGGAGGAGAUGGGGAGUCGGCGAGAGGCCGGAGGCGUGGGAGGGGCGGGAGUUUGUUAGGGUUUUUGGGUAG